CGUAUCUCCUUUUUUAUUACUCUCACUCACGUUUACCGUCACAAUUACAACCACCCCAUUUCAUUUCUCCGACGACAAAAUGGCCACCCUCGGCGGCGUUCACGACUCCGAAGCCUCCCAAAAUAGCGUCGAGAUCGAAAACCUCGCUCGCUUUGCUGUCGACGAACACAAUAAGAAAGAGAAUGCGAUAUUGGAGUUUGCGAGGGUAGUGAAGGCGAAAGAGCAAGUGGUGGCAGGGACGAUGCAUCAUCUUACAAUUGAAGCGAUUGAAGCGGGGAAGAAGAAGAUUUAUGAAGCUGAAGUUUGGGUUAAGCCAUGGCUUAAUUUUAUGGAAUUGAAGGAGUUUAAGCAUGCUGGGGAUGUUCCUGUGUUUACCUCUUCCGAUCUCGGUGUUAAGAGAGAUGGCCAUGGUCCAGGAUGGCAAUCAGUGCCAGUGCAUGAUCCUUCAGUCCAAGAUGCGGCAAAUCAUGCUCUGAAGUCCAUCCAGCAGAGGUCCAACUCAUUAUUCCCUUAUGAACUUCAAGAAGUCGUUGAUGCAAAUGCUGAGGUGGAGGAUGAUUCUUCGAAAUUUGAUAUGCUUCUCAAGGUGAAGAGAGGAAGCGCUGAAGAGAAGCUCAAGGUAGUGGUGCACAAGAACAGUGAGGGCAACUACCAUCUCAAUCGGAUGGAGCCACAUGUCUAACUCCAUGACUUGUUAAAAUGGCAAUAAACUAAGGAUACCCGCAAUGCAACUCUUCCUAUGUUGCGAAUGGCUGAAUGCACUGAAUGUUGAUGGUAAUAUUAUCUAUUUUAUGUGUUGUAUAUAUGCAUUGUACUUGAAAACUGUUCUUGACAUGUAGACUUUACUUUCUACAUGUAAUAUCUACUUUACUUUCACUUCCCGAUUUUGUCAGGAGGAUAUAUAAAAAUGAUGAUCCAAGUUGUUUUUACCA